AUGAUCGACACCAAGCUGGAAGACAUCAGAGCGGCGGUCGCCGAAUGCCACGUCGGCAAGGACGGGUCCACCCACGAGGCCAGGCAACAGGAGAACGCCCGGCGAAUACGUGUUUUCAAAAAGCUCGACGCGUAUGCCCAGGAUCUGGUGCAGCAGCUUGCUGCCGCUGCUGCCUCGAAUGAGGACACAUCCAGGAUCGAGGGCACCCUGGUGCCGGCAUGCUUGCAACGGGCAGGCCCGCCAACGGGAGCUGGAUGCCCUGGCGUCGACACUGGUGGAUUCGUCGUGUCGAUACCCCUGAUCAUGCUCACCAUGGUCGAGCAGCAGAUCUUUCUCGCACUCAACGGCGGCAGCAACGGGGGGGCGGGCAACAGCGGCGGCCUCUCGUCCAUCCUCAUACGCCUGGAUUGCGCGUGGCUCCUGCUGCUGAUGGGGAUUCAGGUCCGGGCCGAGUUCAUGGGCGAGUCGCUGUCGCGCCCGGCGAUGCUCCUGUUCACCCACGUCAGCACCCUCGACGCCGUCGUCAUCUUGGGGACGUUGCCUCGGGCUCUGUGCGCGGUGGUCAAGGAGGAGCUGCUUGCCGUCCCCGUGCUAGGGUGGAUCAUGGCUUCGCGUGGCGCCAUCCCGAUCAACCGAGGCCAUCGUGCCUCCGCAGUGCAGGCACUAGCGGAGGCGGCCGAGCGAGCGAGAGAGCUCCAGAUGUUCGUGGCGAUGGCGCCCGAAGGCACACGGUCAAAGACGGGCCAGCUGGGACCCUUCAAGAAGGGAGCGUUCCACAUGCAGGAACAGCUGCAGUGGCCGGUGAUCCCCGUCACGAUUCACGGAGCGUACGAGCUGUUCCCUUUGAAGUGGAACGUAAAUCAGUGCGGCAAGGUGGUGGUGAAGUAUCACAGACCAAUCGAAGCGGCCGAGAUCAAGUCUCGCGAGGGGCUAUCACAGAGAUUGAGGCAGGAAAUUCUGGAGGCCCUGGACCAGGACGAUGUGCCAGAGGCCGGCGCUGCCCUCGACCCUUCCCGCCGCGCGGCCAGCCUCGCCGCGACGGCCUUCACCUACUUGGCGGCCGCGCGCGCGGUGAAGGCUCUGGUGAGCUUCUCGCGGAGGGAGGGCGUAGCCGUCUGGGCGCUGGUCGCCGGGGCCGUCGCGUACGUCUUCCUCUCGACGGUGUUCGUGUUCUACGUGUACGCGAGGAAGUGCUUCAGCGCUCCGCGCCGUGUUGGUGUUCGUGGCGGGGGUGGUGCGGGGACGGUGUCUGGCGGGUUAGGGUUGACAGACGAUGGGGUGGCGGUGAAUGGUUGGGAGGGGCACGGCGGUGGUUCCGCGGGACUCUCGAGAGGGGGAGAAGGCCGGAGCCGCGACGGCGAGUCAGACGUGACAGAACAGAUGAAGGAUAGGUAGAAGAGAUCGAAUGUUGUGUUCAUGUAGGUGUGAGUGCCGGGCAAGACAGACUGGAGCACCAGGCCUGCCUGGAGCGGUGGUGUCGGUCGUUUGUGAAGUAUAAGAACGACAUACGUGUGACUGGUGUGCCACCGCUGCCGUGGGGGACUGUUGGCGUUUUCGUGCCGUGUGUUUGUAAGGAAUUUGUCUGAAAAAGAGGAUUAAAAAGAAAUGAUCAACGCCGUGGCGGCUCGGGGCGAACACAACUCCGCGUGGAUUGUGCACUCGGCAGUGUGCUUGGCGAGGGUUGCUUUUGAUAUUUGUGCUUCCAAAGCGGUAGUAAUAGCAGUAGUGGACGCCGUUUUGGGUGACGUGUUUUGCCAGUUUUGACGCUAGUGCGCGUGUUCAUGUGGAGCGCCUGAAACAAAUCUGUGUUGUGGGCCAAAGGACAGCGUAGCGCGAGCUGCAGGAACGAUGCACAGGCAGCUGGACCUGCAGAGCCGUAUGAGCGCAGAGUCGGAACACGGUGCUGUCGCUCAUGCACACGCAAGUGCAUGCAUCUGCGCUCGACCCACCGCUCUUUCCUUCAAGACACCUGUCUGGGGCAAACAUUUUUGACUAUUUUCGCAGGACGAGGCUUCCUAAAGGAUGAAUAGUGUAAACGGUUGAGGCCCGGACACACUGGAUAAACCGACCUGUCUCGUCUUGCGUUUGCCCGCCCCGUCGUGCUGAGGGUGGUGCGCUUUUUGUGGAAGGAGCUUGCCCGUAAACGUGCAGUUCGGGCUUCUCGUGUCGUGAGGGAGUUAGUUGGUUGGGGGAGGAGGUUGAGCAUGGCAGCAACCGAUUUGAUGUUGUGUAUCCUCGUUUGUUGUCUAGUUGUGUGUGCCUAUUUGCUGUGCUCGUUGGGUACGUGGGCGAUGUUGCGGGCAAGGGGAGAUUCAACUGAGCACCGCGACAUAAUAACCGGGUUCCUCUAGGCUGUCGAAAUGCCCGCACUCCUGUAUGGAGGCGCCUGAGGGGUGGAAAAGGGGACGAUAGGCGAAAUCGACUCGAGCGACCCCCGUUCGUGGUUGGAGGAACUUGAGAUACGCGAUUAUUAUAGUAUGAAAGCUUUAUUGGAGCGAUCUCGAUAGGGAACGAGGAAGUAGGAAAGUGUUGUCCCUCUGGCGCGUACGUGGGCGCUCGGAGAACGUCUUUGCGUGCACGACGGGAAGGAGGUAUUCGUUCGAGUUGUGCUCGUGCGCGAUGGGCAGGCCUUUCGUGCCUUCGUAGCUCCGUAGGCUCCGCCCUCUGUCUACGUCGCGCGCAAGGUGCUCGUGUUGAAGCGAGGCGACCGGCGAGAUACGGCCGCGCCCUUGCUUGCUACGGCGUUUUGGCGCACGCACGCAUAGCCAUGUUUGCAACUCGGGAGACAGUAGCCGAAGAACGCUUCAAGAGAAGCGAGGCGACGUGUUGCUCGCUUUCGGCCGCGAAUCGU